CGUGCCUGUCCGUCAGUAAAAAACAUCCGAUUUAAAACAAAGCCAGUUGCAAAAAUAAUAGACCUUUUGAAAAGGUUUUUAAACCACAACAAUUUAUUUACAUUUAUUAGAACAUUAUUAAACGCGGAGAGAGUGAAUAAGAUAAUCAGUAUAAAUUGCUUUAAAACAGUCCGUCGUAAGUGCAUUAUGUAAAUGUCGCAAAGUUUACGUUAUCCAUUGUUAGUUAAUAUUUCAUACUAGUUAAAAACUAGAUUACUGAAACAGUAAAUUAUUUAACAACGGGAUGUGAAGUUUGUUCUUUGUUUCCGCCGUGUGUCUCGCAUGUUGCAUGCGUGGACUUUACCCUGUCCGUGUGGAUCUGACAGAGCACUUAUUCAUUACACUAAACCGGAUUUUUAACUUGUGAAAAUGCUUCAGUUUUAGAGCAUUUUAGUAUUUUACUCCUGAAUUAUUUACAAUAAUCACGUGUUGGGUGGUAUUGUUUUGUUAAACUGCUGCUGACAAAAUGGAAACUUUUAUCAGCAUUACUAACCAAAGUCAAGGAAGGGAUCGCAUAUUCAGGGCAACCCAGUAUGCAUGUGCUUUGUCGAAAUACCUACUGAGAAAUGAAGCGAAAAGAAAGGAGCUGGUGAAAAAGCUGCAGUCUUUGGAGUCUAAUAUGAGCUCUGGUCGAAAACUUCUCAGGCUCGGGAACACUGUGAACUCCGUCCAUGCGGUCAAAAGCACUCUUCAUAUUUCUGACCCCGUGCUGCGCCUGUGCCUCACUUUGGCUAACCUCAACCGUGCCCUCUACUUCAUCUGCGACAACCUACUUUGGGCCAGAAGUAUUGGACUCAUACGAGACAUCGACAAGGAGCGCUGGAGUCUGAAUGCCACUCGCUUCUAUUUUCUCUCCUUGAUCAUGAAUCUUACCAGAGAUGUCUAUGCCAUCACUCAGCUUAUGGUGCAGAGGUCUCGGGAUAGACACUACCAGCACAAAGUCAACCAGCAUCUCAACGAAAGCCCAGAUGUGGCGUGUGUCAUUGUGCCUCAGCUUGAUGCUUUCCUCUUUCUGCUGAUCGAGAGCCUCAAAAGUCACCCAUCUGUGGCUCUCGAUACACUUAAAAACAUUUGCGAUCUUUUCAUUCCCCUUGACAUGCUUGGUAUUUUCCAGACAAAUGCGGGUGUGGUCGGUUUCUGUGGUCUUAUUUCUUCCGUUUUAGGCAUACUGUCAGUUCUGAGGCCCAACCUUAAAAUGAAGCCAUGAUUUAGGGAAUUUGUUUUCUUAUUUAUGAUUUAGAGUAACACGACUAAUAUUCAGCUUUUAAUGCGCGAUUAAGACUACUGUUAACAAACGCAGACUGUUGUAAAGGGAUCAACUUAGAUUUUGCUUAAAAUAAGAUGUUUCUUUGAAUUCAUGUAAGGGAUAUAUGAUAUUUUGCAGUGUGCACAUGGACCCAUGCUGCAUACACUUUCAUUAAAUAGAGUGCCUUGAUGUAUCUGUCAUUGAAUUUGUAUCAUACAAGACCAAGAGAAAUAAUGCACCUGUAUUUUGCACAUUUUAAAUAUUUUAAUAUAGAUAUCACUUCGGUACUUACUGGAAUAAGAGUAAAAUUAAAGGUCAUGGUAGAUUAACAUAUUUUGCUCUUGUAAUGUAUUUACUGACAUCUUUUCAGGUAACAGGUGUUCUUCAUGCACUGGGAGUAGAUGCUGAACUUUCUUAAAUAUUUGCUUAACAUUUACAGUCCUCUAGGUGUAGAGCCAUCUGUGGAAUACUCAACCUCAGUCUGUUAGAUCCCGUGUUUACAGAGCUAUAUUACAGAAAAACAAAGGUGAUGUGAAUUUUAAUUUAGGGUUCAGAUUUUGUCAUCCAAUGAUUUUUAACUUUGGUUUAUCAUGACAGAAGACUUUAUAGUUAUAUAGUUAUAGACUCUUUAUAGUUUUGUUUGUCUGCACAAACUUCUCUAACUUUAAACUGUGAACUUAAAUAAAGCUAUUUUUA